GCGGCGCCCUAGACCGCGCGGCCGGCACCGUCAGCAUCGUCAGUGCCCUCAGCGCCCUCAGCGCCGUCAGUGCCCGCUGUCACCGCCACCGCGGUCACCUCUGUCACCGCCGUCUGUGCCACCUCUGUCACCGCCACCAUGCAUUCUGACGAUGUUGUCUGGAGCAUGCUGGGGAACAGGCAGUUCUGCUCCUACAAGAUGACCACCAAAACACAGAAUUUCUGCAGGAACGAGUACAACCUGACGGGGCUGUGCAACCGCUCCUCCUGCCCGCUGGCCAACAGCCAGUACGCCACGGUCCGGGAGGAGAAAGGUCGCUGUUACCUCUACAUGAAGACCAUCGAGCGGGCGGCGUUUCCCCGGCGCCUCUGGGAGCGGGUGCUGCUGAGCAAGAACUACGAGAAGGCUCUGGAGGAGAUCGAUGAGAACCUCAUCUACUGGCCCCGCUUCAUCCGGCACAAGUGCAAGCAGAGGUUCACCAAGAUCACGCAGUACCUGAUCCGCAUCCGCAAGCUGACCCUCAAGAGACAGAGGAAGCUCGUCCCGCUGCGCAGGAAGAUCGAGCGGCGCGAGAACAGGCGGGAGGAGAAAGCCCUGAUCGCUGCCCAGCUGGACAACGCCAUCGAGAAGGAGCUGCUGGAAAGGCUGAAGCAGGACACGUAUGGAGACAUCUACAACUUCCCCAUCCACGCCUUUGACAAGGCCCUGCAGCAGCAAGAUGCGGAGAGCGAGAGCGAGUCGGAUGCUGAGAGGGAAGAAGAUGAGGAUGAUGAUGAUGAGGACGUGGAUAAGAGGGAGUUUGUGGAGGCAGAGGACAGCGAGCUCAGCGACUUUGAGGACAUGGAUAAGCUGGAGACAAGCAGUGAAGAGGAGCAGGAAGAGGAGGAAGAAGUAGAGGAGAAAGCCUCCCACUCCAAAUCCAAAGGGAAAACGCCCCUGAAGGGCCCAGCCAGGAGAAAACGUCCCCACAUUGAGAUCGAGUACGAGGAGGAGACAGAGCCCAGCACCAAGACAAAAGCAGCCUGAGCCCUCCCGAUGCCAUUUUGUACUGACUGAACUCCAGAUGUGCCACCAGAGGGUGACUCCAGCAUCUGUCACCCACCUCCACCCCUGACAGGACCCUGGUUUGAUACUCCAUGCGUGUUCUGGGGUUUGUGUCCCGAGCCCAGGCAGUUGCAGUGAGUUUGUGCAACGCUCAAAGGAACAUCUCCCACCUCCUCUGCAAGCCCAGGAAGGGCCCUGGCCUGGGGGCUCUGCUGCUCCCUGAAAGCUCAGCUGUGUCUGGAGGGGAUGUGGGGCUCAGAGGUGGGACAAGAACGGCAGAACUUGAAAUAAACACAACAUUUUUAUUGUACAAAA